UAAUGGGGUGAUUCCUCCCAAUAAUGAUGAAAAAUGUCUGCUGCCGUUGUUAGUGAAAAUACGUAUACAUGAACCCAAAUCAAAGUUAUAGAACUAAAAAGGUUGUGUUGUUUGCUUGAGAUGUGGUGGUGGUGGUAUGCUGCUGCAAUCAAACUGUAAUCCUUCAACUAUCAUUCUGCAUUUCAUUCUUUACUUUGGUGUUCGAAUUCCCGAAUUGGUUGACGGUUACCGUUCACCUGUUCAAUCUAUACCUGGAGCACAAAUACUUUUACCCAGAUUUUCGGAGAAAUCCCAUGCAACUGUAGAAGUACAGGUUGGGAUGGAUGCGAAACUACACUGUUGGGUUGAAAAUGUUUCUCAGAACGCAGUAACCUGGAUCAGACAGAACGAUCUACAGAUCCUGUCUGCUGGGAGUCUCAAGUUCUCUGCAGAUCCUAGAAUUCAGAUCAAGCAUGACUCCAGUGUGUUGAACAGUGAUGAUUAUAUCCUGGAGAUAUCCCGGGUUGGAAGACAAGAUCAAGGAUUGUAUGAAUGUCAGAUAAACAUGAGACCUCUUAAAGCAUUCAUUGUCAAACUAAUCGUAAAAGACAUUCCUCCUUCAACUGAAGUUGAGAGCACCCAACCUUCACCUAUUCUGCCAGGUUUAGAGGUUCAGGAUACAGGUUCCAGUACAAGCAUCCUGGGAGCUCCGGAUAUAUAUUUCCAUCCUGGAACCCUGGUCAACCUAACCUGUCUAGUCUCAUCUUCUACAGAUCCAGGACGGAUAUUCUGGUAUCAUGAGGAUAAAGUUAUCAGUUAUUAUUCAAGUAGACUUGGUGUUAGUAUUUACAGGAAUAAACAGACCAGUAUGCUAACAGUAUCAAGUCUAUUAUUACGGGAAGGAAGAAAAGAAGACGAAGGAACGUAUAUAUGCAGGCCGGAGAAAGCAUUCAUGAAAUCUGGAAAAGCAAGAUUAUUUAUUGUUGACGGAACAAGAUCCGAAGCAAGGAAAACUAGUGGAGCAAACCCAAUCUCUCUUUUUUAUAUUCUUCUUCUAUUCUCUCUUUCAUCAAUAUUUAUACCCUAGUUCUUAUUGAUCUCUCUUUCAUUCCUUCGCAAGUUGAGGGGAAAACGUUUAAAUCCUUAAUCUGUGGCGUCAGCGCGAGUUCAAUUUUGUUAUCCUCUCUGCUGUGGUUUAAACUAAAACGCUAAAAUACCUCUAAUGGCAGAUAAACUUUCCAUUUAGAUAUAAUUUUCAAAUUUCGUUAAAUUGUUAGAUAAGAUUUGUUUGUCCCCGCCCCCCCCUCUCUUUAAUUAUCUCUUAGAAACUUCAAUGAUGACGGCUUUUUCCCAAAAGGAGUAAAUAUGUUAAUUUGUCUGAAUAUAUUUAAAUUUUUAAACAUUAGAAUUUGAAUUUAUCUCGUGCUCUAUGCUGUGUAUAGUAUUUAAUUACUUGUAUGUAUUAGGAUGUACGCAAGAUGCAAUAUUUUAGAUUAAAUAAAUAAACUAGACACCUGGCA